ACCACUAAUUGAGGGAGUGAGGAAGAGAGCAGCUCGCUUCUAACUGGACUGCACGUUGGCGACAGCGUCCUGAGCUGGUGACAGACCCACUCUGUGACUUUCAGCUAGAUUCAGCCACCAGAUCCCAGAAACAUGACCCUUGCUGCCUACAAAGAGAAGAUGAAGGAGCUUCCGCUGGUUUCCUUGUUCUGCUCCUGCUUCCUGGCUGAUCCCCUGAAUAAGUCUUCCUACAAAUAUGAAGGCUGGUGUGGGAGACAGUGUAGGAGGAAGGAUGAAAGCCAGCGGAAAGACAGUGCUGACUGGAGAGAAAGAAGAGCGCAGGCAGACACGGUGGACCUGAAUUGGUGCGUCAUUUCCGACAUGGAAGUCAUCGAGUUGAACAAAUGCACCUCGGGCCAGUCCUUCGAAGUCAUCCUGAAGCCACCCUCCUUUGAUGGGGUGCCCGAGUUCAAUGCCUCCCUGCCCAGGCGGCGAGACCCAUCCCUGGAAGAGAUCCAGAAGAAACUAGAAGCGGCUGAGGAGCGAAGGAAGUACCAGGAAGCGGAGCUCCUGAAACACCUAGCAGAGAAACGGGAACAUGAGAGAGAGGUGAUCCAAAAAGCCAUUGAGGAAAACAACAACUUCAUCAAGAUGGCUAAGGAAAAACUGGCCCAGAAGAUGGAAUCCAAUAAGGAGAACCGGGAGGCCCACCUCGCCGCCAUGUUGGAACGGCUGCAAGAGAAGGAACCGCCUGCUGCGCGGUGACUCCCGGGACCUGAUCGGUGGCCUCGUCCCAUGGACAAGCACGCCGAGGAGGUGAGGAAAAACAAGGAGCUGAAGGAAGAGGCCUCCAGGUAAAGCCUAGAGGUCAAAGAACUUUCCAGGUCAGCCGGACAGCUCCAGCAGCUCCACGUUCCAGGCAGCCUCGCCCGCCGGCUGCACUCCCAGCACUGGGGUUUGGGGGGAGGGGGGUGGCCAAGGGGCGUUUCCUCUGCUUUUGGUGUUUGUACAUGUUAAGAAUUGACCAGUGAAGCCAUCCUAUUUGUUUCCGGGGAACAAUGAUGGGGUGGGAGAGGGGAGAGGAGAGAGUUUGGGAAAGGGAGAUGGAGAAGAACUCAAGGACGUUGCAACCCUGCCCAGCACAGAUCUGAUUUUCACAUCUCUACCUGGACAUUGAGCCUCCAGGUACCGUGUUGAGGGGAGAUGAAAACCAGGGCAGUAGAACUUCAGGGUGAAGGACAGAGUCUUGGGUGGGGCAGCGGCUGCAGGGCGUACCAGAGAGCCCAGCCAGAGGGUGUGUGAGGACCAGAGGUGUUGCUUCCGCCCUGCAGCAGGUGGGAUGAGGUCUGUGUGUGUGUGUGUGAACCAUCAUUUUUUGAUCAUCAUGACCAAUGAAACAUUGAC